GUUGUUCUGAGGGCAAUAAGGGGGUGCAACUCAAUAUUAGGAAGGUGUUCCUAAUGUUUUGUACACUCAAUGUAUAAUAUCCCAUGCUGGUGGUCUCCAAGUAAAAACAGCACAGGACUGGGCUUCUGGUCAGUACACCCACAAUUGCCAUGCGAACAGCCCAGGACAGCAAGUUACCACCAGAGGGUGUAGGGGAGCGCCAGAGGGAGAAUUAUUGGAGCACUGGUUGAAUACAGUACCACAAAUAUGUGCUCAGGCUUGGAGUCAGAUGAUUUAUAUUUAAGGCGUAGUUUUCCAGCAGAGCUUGGUGUUUUGAGGCCUAGAGUGACAGUUCCUCCAGGCAGAAGUGAGUAAGAUGAACCUAAGAAGAGGGAAGGAAGAAAGUCAUGAAGAGCCUCAUGCCAAGAGGGAUUGUCAGGACAAAGUUGUCUCUUGUGGGGACAAUGGAGAGAUGGAUUCUGGAAAGAGUAAUGUGCAAUCAGAGAUAUCCUGUGCCUUUUGAAUACAUUUUAGGUUGUGCAGCCUAUGGUGCUUUAUACUAGCAGUAAGUAUUAGUGUAACUUCAGAGAUAGCUCACAUGUUUAUUUUAUCAAUAAAAGCAAACUUUUACCAAGUCUGAUAAGGAGGCCCCAAGGUAGACAAAAUAUAUUGAAGGCAUUUUGACGUGGUUUGAUGUGAUGUAACUGUAUCGGUCAUAUUUCAAUGUUAUUUAUGUAAAUAAUUUAUUUUGGACUAUACUGCACUUAAGUUUCCUAGUGUCUGUUAGUCUGAAUAUAAAGCUGACAUAUUGUUGACUGUUUGUGAUGUGAAUAUGAACACACACCAUUUUUCCUAUAGAUAUGGGUUUUCAACCCGUUUUCAAUGUGUGCUCAAUAUUCAUUGUGGACACCUAAAAAUAUGAAAUUGCACAAUGUUUUAAUGCCUGUCAGUUCUUGCAUUAAAAUGUGAGAUGUUUUGGCCUUGUUCAAUUUGAUAGUUUUAUCCCUGCUUUUUCAGUGACCCCUGCAAACGUUGAGAUCCCCAAGGCCCCCCUGGUUGAUGGAAUGUCAAUUAAACUUCGAAUUUUAAAGUAUAAAAUUGAAAAUACCGGCGAAACAUCACGUGCUGUUUCACCUGAUUAGUGUGGCCCUACUGGAUUAUGUGCAUGGCCUCACCUGUCGCCAGGGAAAAUUUGUUAUCUUGUUACAAGCGGAGGGGAACAGGACAUUGCUAUUGGCUUACUUGUAUGUCACUUAUACACUGGCUACAGCAAGUCAACCAUUCAGAAUUUAGAAAGAGGAUGGUCUAUUCAGUUAGGCUACUACCCGUAAUUUGAAGUGGCUACUGUAGCAUGCAUGGAACUAAAUUUACAGUUCAUAAGUAUCUUGUAUGUUAAAUGUCACAACGCUCGAUUUGAGAAAUCGUUCCCACCGGUUGAGAAAACAAAAACGUGUUGAAUUCAGUGCGUUUUUGGAACACGAGCAAUGGAAGAGUUGAGCGAGUCUUCACCCGCUUUAGCGUUCGAGAAGGAAGCAUUUGAGCUGACAGUGGAAGAUGUUUAUGACAUUUCAUACGUGAUUGGCAGAGAUUUGCUGAAAAUAAGUAAUACAGGUGAGGAAGUCUCUGAUUUGCAAUUCAAAAUUGUCCGGGUUUUGGAGAUGUUUGAAACUUUAGUGAAUAAGUACAACCUGUCACUGGAGGAGCUGAAAAUGGAACGAGACAACUUGAAGAGUGAACUGGAUAGAAUCGUGAGAGAAAGUUCUGCCGGGCAGGAAGCGCAAACACUAGGACCAAACAAACUGGUGGUGGACUUGAAAGAUCCCAAUAGACCACGCUUCACAAUGCAGGAGCUGAAGGAGGUGCUUCAGGAGAGGAACCAGCUCAAGGCCCAGCUACUGGUGGCACAAGAAGAGUUACAGCUCUACAAGAGUGGGAUGCUGCCACAGGGCGAGCAAGCAAUGGUAGAGGUUGACCUAGUAUCUCCAUCCCCUUCGAACCCCGUUUCUGACACAACAGAUGAGACUAAAGAAGAGGAACCUAAUGAAGGAAUGACCACCAUCAGAAAGCUGUUUUCAUUCAGACGGAAAUAAGGACAACCUGUGAGAACAAGGACCUAAGGCAUUAAUAAUAUUAACGAUGAACCAAAACAUUUAUGCACAUGCUUUCUAUUAAUUCUUUGUAUUAGAUCAGUUAUUUUCGGUAAUGAAUGAAUGUUUUUAACUGUGGAAUAAUUUUGGCUUUUUAAAUGAUAUCUCAGCGUUGUCUUUUUAUAGAUUUGUCUUAACUGUUGUCAUUAAUACAGUUAUGGGAAAAUAACUAUGCACAUUUAGGUCAAAUAACAUGGUACAGACCAAUGAUUUAUACAGUGCGUUUGGAAAGUAUUCAGACUCCUUGACUUUUUCCACAUUUUGUUACGUUACAGCCUUAUUCUAAAAUGGAU